GAUUGUGACAAGGUGUGUCAUAUUACAUUCUUUGCAAGGUAUAUAUCCUUAUAACAUCUGCAAACAGCUGUAUAUUGUGACGAGGUGUGCUAUAAUACAUUCUUUACAAGGUAUAUAUCUUUAUAACAUCUGCAAACAGCUGUAGAUUGUGACGAGAAAACAUCAACCUAACAAAAUGAAGUGUUUUAUAGCGAUCCUUACAAUCUUUACCGUGUUCACUUACACAUGUUACGCCCAGGAGACCACGGAAGACCCGGGCCAAAACACACAAGCACCGGCGACAAGCAAUCCAUUCACGAGCUUUGACAUUGUUGCUAUGCUGGCCUACUGUUCAACGGAUGCUGAAUGCGAGACAGCCCUUGGAACUGGAGCAACGUGCGUAAAAGCCCACGACACAUGCACAGAUAGCACCAAGUUUUGUAGUUGCGGAGAGGGAAAGACACUAUACAAUGGCGCAUGCGUGACAGUCGUCACAAAUGGUGGAGCUUGCCAGGGCACAAGUAAUUGGAAUAUGACUGACUGUGAUUCUGCGAAAGGAUUAUCAUGCGGCAGCGAUAGCCAAUGCGAAUGCUCCGAUAGUACUAAAACAUUUAAGGCAGACAUAAAAGGAGUCAGCAGAUGUUUAAAGGCAAAGAAGACUGAAGCCUGUACAACCAACUCUGAUUGCGGUGGAUUUUUGGAGUGCGAAUCUGAUGUUUGCGUCUGUCCUGCUGCUUAUUUCGAAGACUCCACUGAUGAAUAUGGCUGUGUAGCAGGCCACGUAGACGAUAAAUGUGCUGGCUCAAACGCAAACAAAACAUGUAACGCAGGUCUUGGCUAUACAUGUGACGGCUCGACAUCCGAGUCAAAAUGCACGUGCCAGUCAGGAAAAUUUGAUCAAACUUUAACGGUGGCGCUCGGGCACGGAUUCACUGGAAAAGCUAGAGCUUGUGUAGGAACUGAGGCUGUCAGCGGGUCUUGCAGAGUAGACUACUCAUCGAACGAUGGCACUGGUAGUCGAGGUUGCAGCUCUACCGAAACGUGCAAUUUAUGUCCACCCGCUUCGGGUUCCCGUGUUGCUGAAGGAACUUGUGUUUCAGAUGAUAAUGGUGGUGGUGGUGAAAGUGGAGCUGGUUCCAUCCGUAUUAACGUAGCAACAGUUGCCAUAGCUACCACACUGGCUGCCUUGGCAAUCGUGACAAAAGUCUAGGACAACCACAACGAUCUCCCAACGAAGCUAUUCAUCUAAAACGCGCAACUGAAAAGAUAUAACAAGAGCAGACUUUUAUGAAGACAGAGCCAGUAAAUACUACAAAAAUAAAGGACAUUACGUGCUAUUUUAUUAAGCAACCAUGGACGUAGCCAGGCAUGUAUGAAACAGGCCUCGCGCCACGAGCAUUUAACUGAAAUAUUUUUUAAAAUAGAUAUUAAUCUAAAAAUGUGAAACUCAAGUUAAAAUAUAAUAAACCUGCUCUGCCUCGCUUAUUUCUAGAUCCUGGCUACGCCCCUAGCGCCAUUCUAUUUUGAACAUGAAAUAUGCGCAUGUGCAAUUACAAGAAAUGUGCGCAUGCGCAAUUAAAAGUAACUGUACCCAUAAUCAAUGAAGCAUCACUGUGAUAUCUUUUUGCAUGACAAACUGUGUGCCAAAGCUUUUUGUACCGUCUAACACACAUCCUCGAGAAACGAAUCAAAUAACAUGACUCGUCCCUUCACAAAUAGGACAAAUUUUCUUGUGGCUGCGUAUUAACCUGUACACAUUAAAAAAACGGAAAACUAAAAAAAAAUCGAAAACUGCGAAUGAUACAAAAAUGAAUUCAGUAUUACACCGAUCCCUUCUAAAACGAUUAUUAUAUACAUUUAAACUUACACGUUUGUAUUUUUGUUUAUAUUUAACUAGAAUUGUUAGGCUAAGAUGCACCAAUAUUGUAAAACUGUGUAAAUGGGAUUUUCUUUUCACUGAUCUAAUGGUUAUAAUUCCUUCGCCUAGGAAACUUGGCACAUCUCAUGAAAUUCAUUAACUUCAAAGCAAUGGUGUCAACAGUUCACCAUUUUAAUUCAGGCCUAUUGAUUUAAAUAUUUCCCAUACAAAGGGUAAACAUAAAGACAAUCCCGUUUACACUUCAAUUAAAAAAUAUUUAAAAAACAAUGUAGAACUGUGUAGAUGGGAUUUUCCAUCCACUUAUCUGGUGGGUAAAAUGCCCAAUCCCGUUUACACUCAAAAAUUAAAAGAAAAAUGGCUGCCGUUUCUAUGACUACGAGCUGGAAAGACAAUCUUCAAGCCAUGUGAGCAGAGUAGAGCAAGGACAUUUGCAUGUCACCAAUUGUCACCUUUUUGAUUGAGGAAUCUGGCUCCUAAUUUUGCACGAUCAUUUGGGCUUCCAAAGACAUCCAUCCUCCUAAGCAGGUAUCCAGAAUCCGUACCUCCUUCUUCC